UACAGAACUGAGGCAGCAGAUGUACUUCUAGACACUGAACUACUUAAGAACCUCGCUGUUUAAAACUUUAUAAGAUUAGUACUGUUAUCAGUGAUGUGGUACAAUCUGACACAAGGAAAGAAUAUCUCUGCAAUCUGCUUUACAGUAGUUUGUUUGUUUUUCAUCAGUGUUCAUUGUGAUGAUGAUGAUGAUGAUGAUGACAUUGUACUUACCAAGUAUGGAAGAGUAAGAGGGUUACAGAUACCAGUAUUUUCUAAGACAAUCACAGCUUUCCUUGGGAUUCCAUAUGGAGAACCACCAGUUGGAGUCUUGAGAUUUAAAAAACCAGAGGCUCCUAAGCCUUGGGUUGAAGUAUGGAAUGCUACAAAUUAUGGCAACUCUUGCUAUCAGUAUGUUGAUCGAACAUUCCCUGGAUUUUCAGGGGCUGAAAUGUGGAAUCCAAAUACACAACUAAGUGAAGAUUGUCUUUACCUUAACAUAUGGAUACCUAGUCCAAAGCCAAGAAAUGCCAGUGUCAUGGUCUGGAUUUAUGGUGGUGGGUUUGAGACUGGAACAGCUUCUUUAGAUGUUUACGAUGGCAAGUUCUUGGCUCGGAAUGAACGUGUUAUUGUUGUGUCAAUGAACUACAGAGUGGGAGUUUUAGGAUUUUUGGCUUUUCCGGGUAAUUUUGAUGCUCCAGGAAAUGCAGGCCUGUUUGAUCAGAGACUAGCUCUUCAAUGGGUACAUGAGAACAUUGCAGCAUUUGGUGGCAAUCCCAAAAGCAUAACACUUUUUGGCGAAAGUGCUGGAGGAGCAUCUGUUAGUUAUCACAUGCUUUCUCCUAAAAGUCAUCCAUAUUUUACUAGAGCCAUUAUGCAAAGUGCAACCGCAAAUGCACCUUGGGCUGUUAUAAGUAGUACAUCAGCCCACUAUCAAGCUCUGACAUUAGCAAACCUGUUGAGUUGUUCAUUUCGAAAUGAGACUGAAAUAAUUGCUUGUCUUCGGAGUAAAACAUCUGAAGAAUUAAUUGAAAAAUCACUUUCUGUUUUACCACAUAGAUCAUUAAUUGAAAUUAGUUUUCUUCCUACAGUUGAUGGAGAUUUUCUCCUAGAUUUACCCGUAAAUCUUCUGCAACUUGGACAACUGAAAAAAAAUACCCAAAUAUUAACAGGUGUUAAUAAAGAUGAAGGGUCAUAUUUCUUAGUUUAUCUAAUACCUGGGUUUAGCAAAGAUCAUGAAAGUUUUAUAAAUCGGACUCAGUUUCAAGAAAGUGUGAAGCUUGCAUUUCCCAAAGCCUCUGAACUCGCUGUAGAUUCUGUCCUUUUUCAUUACACAAAUUGGGUUGAUGAACAGAAUCCUGUUCUCAAUCGCGAUGCCAUGGAUGAUAUUGUUGGAGAUUACAAUUUUAUAUGCCCACUGCUGGAAUUCACAAUGAGAAAUUCAGAACUUGGAAACAAAGCUUAUAUGUACUACUUCAACCACCGAUCCUCAAAACUGGCAUGGCCAAACUGGAUGGGAGUGGUACACGGAUAUGAAAUUGAAUUUGUUUUUGGUAUUCCAAUGUAUAGAAGACUUAACUACACAAAAGAGGAGGAAACUCUCAGUAGAAACGUAAUGAGAUUUUGGGCAAAUUUUGCAAAAACUGGCAAUCCAAAUGGGGCACAGACUCAGGAAAACAGAUGGCCAGCUUUCACACUCGAUGAACAACAUUACCUUAUGUUAGACACAGAAGACUUUGAGACAGAUCGGAAAAUGCGUGCCAAGCAGUGCAGAUUCUGGAACAAAUUUUAUCCCAAAAUCCUGCAAAUAACAGGAAGCAUUGAUGAAGUAGAACAACAGUGGAAGGCUGAAUUCCAUCGCUGGAACAAUUACAUGAUGGACUGGAAAAAUCAAUUUAAUGAUUACAGCAGUAAGAAGGAGAGCUGCACUGGUCUCUAAUUAAUAGCUUUACCCUUUAAAGAAUAACCAUAUUAUAAUUAGUAGGCACAAGCAUACUGGUAGUCAAUUAAAGUUUGCCAAAGAUAAGCAUUACUGUAUGUAAAUUAAAGAGAGUGAUUAAGCAACAUAAUAAUGGGAGGUAUUAAACACAAUACUUUUUAUUUUGUAUAUGUUUUAUAAAGUUGUGUACACAGUGAUGAAGAACUUUAAUGUUUGUAUGUAAAUUGUUGCAUAACAACUGCAGAAUGCUUUGUGUAGUAGAUAGGAAUCACACAUAUUGCUCUAAGGAGCCCAUUUAUAUACAAUAGUUUGUUUUUUUUUGGGGGGGAAAAAAUGUUUUUAGUGAUUUUUUAAUAGUCAAUUUAAGAUUUUAUAGCAUUGCACAUGAAUUGGUACUUUAGUUUAUUAAAUACAAAAUAGUUAUGUGAGUAAAUCAGUCAUAUAAUUAACAUAAAUAUUUUCAAACAUGUUUUUGUAGGACUAUAUGUGUUUACUGCUGCUUCACAUUAUGGACCCUAAAUAUUAUUGCAGGUUGUGGGCCUUAUUAUUAUUAUUAUUAUUGUUACAUUUUUUAUUUUAAAGUUAGGAAAUAGUUGUGCAGUUUGCUGUUGAAUUUUAGGAUCGUGCAUUAUUUUUUUCUGAUCACAUUUUAAUUCUCGAAAGUGGCAUUUACAGUAAUUUGAUGAAACUGACAAUAAAGAAACACUACGAGUAUUGGGAUAAUGAUAUGGCACAUUUACCCAUAAAUGACAGUUUACCUGGGAUAAUUUUAUGGGAAAAAUAAUUUUGGCAACAAAGCUGGCUUUGAGUUUAAGAUCUCUUAUACACUGGCAUUGAAAUCAGAUGUUCAGCGCAUAUUCUUAAUGUCUACUAAACGCCCUUUAAUAAUGGCAAUAAUGGACAUGCACACUAUCUGAUGAACAUUUGCUUUGGAUUGAUAUGAGUCAGGUUCAACUUUGCCUGCACAACACAUUUGUGUGUAAAUGAGCAUGAACGCUCGGUACGUAGUGCACUAUGGGGGUAAUUCCAAGUUGAUCGCGGCGGGAUUUUUGUUAGCAAUUGGGCAAAACCAUGUGCACUGCAGAAGAGGCAGAUAUAACAUGUGCAGAGAGAGUUAGAUUUGGGUGGGGUGUGUUCAAUUUGCAAUCUAAUUUGCAGUGUAAAAAUAAAGCAGCCAGUAUUUACCCUGCACAGAAAUAAAAUAACCCACCCAAAUCUUCCUCUUUCUGCACAUGUUAUAUAUGCAUCCCCUGCAGUGCACAUGGUUUUACCCAAUUGCUGUCAAAAAUCCUGCUGCGAUCAACUUGGCAUUACCCCCGAUGUACCAGGUUUGUUUUGUGAAAAUGCUUUAAAUACUCUGUAGGAGUGAAGGCAAAAUAUAAAGUUUCCCUUCACUUUUAAAUAUUGUUUUUCAAAGUGCUAUGCCUCAGGACCUUACACAUUUUUUAUUCAUAAUACUGUAUUUUACUUUAAGAAUAACAAAAGUUGCAAAUAAUUCUUAUCCACAAAAAUUAUGCAUCAUAUUUGCAUACCUCCCAAUUUAUGUCUCUUCUGAAUAGGGAUAUGCCAUGCCGGAGGUGGGGCCGUGGAUGGAAAGGGGAUGGAGUCUCAGGUGGAGGGGGCAGAGUCUUGAGUUGAUGGUGUGUGGCCUAGCGCUGCGACCCUCGUUUUCAUCAUUUUGGAGGUGUGCCCAGCGCUCCCUGAGCAUCUGGACAGCCCCCGGCUCCCCUCCCUGCACUGAUAGAUGCUAUGUUCACCGGCUGCUUUGCAGAGCAGAGGUGAUCACUGGCUCUCCCACUGCGGCCUGCGUGUGGGACAGCAGAACAGUGUCCAAUUAGUGGGACUGUCCUGCUAAAUUCGGGACAGUUGUGAGGUAUGUAUUUGUAUAUGUGUAUGUGUGUGUGUGUAUAUAUAUAGUCAAUGUGAAAAGUUGCACUCACAUAUUAGAAUUACACAUCCACUGGGGUGCAUGAUCCAGAGACAGGUCAAUUCCAGACUGAGUCCCAAAACAUAUAUGGCUUGCAAGGAAUGCACUCACCAGACUUCUCCAAAGUGAAAAGAUUCUUUUAUUCCAACCUUACUUAUUUACAGGGUCACCGUCGACGUUUCGGUUCCCAUCAGAACCUGGCAGCCUGAAAAUCUGGUCUUGAAAAAGGUUCUAAUGGGAACCAAAAACAACGACCGU